UGGCAUCGCAGAGGAGAGAAAGUAAACUCAGCAUACAGCAUAGGUGCGAGAUAGAGCAGAGGCAGCCUGUGCAGACGCUGAUAUAGGGAGUGACACACAUUGAGAAACACUGAGACACAGAGAGAAGGGUACACUGAGAUCUGCCAUACAGACUUCCAUAUACAUCCGCAGCACAUAGGCAGAGGCUGGAAAAGGCCAUUGUGCACCAUGGGUACGCGGGUGCCCACCUAUUCCAAUGCCCUCUGUGGUGGCUCUCUACUUCUGGUCAUGAGCAUGCUGCUUUGCAGAGCUGAGGAUCCUAUCCUGACCUCCGAAUUUAUCCGCAAAGUGGACAGUGCCAUUGACAACAGGACUGUGAACCCUUCCUGCUUCAUAACGGAAUUCUUGGAUCUUACUUGUUUCUGGGAGAGCAACACAUCCGACGCCUCCAAAUUCAUCUUUUAUUACAAGCCAGAGGAGCCGUGCAGUUUAACAACACUAAAUGCCUCAGAAGAUACCUGGUGGCACCUGUGUCAGUUUCCGCAGGAAGAUGUCAAUCUGUUCCCUCUUAAUCCCUACAGUGUAACAGUGUGGGACUUCCAGACCAAUACCACUCUGUGCAGGCGACAGCUUAUCCAAGAGUCUGUUGUCUACCUGGAGCCCCCGAGUAAUAUCACAGUGAGAGAACAGAGGAACCCCCUGGGAUUGCUGAUCACCUUCAAGAACCCAGUGAAGGAUCUGAUCCUCAAAGAUUGUUUGAUGUACGAAGUCGUUUAUACGAAUGACAAAGGGCAGAACUCCAUGAUAUUUCAAAAGUCAAAGGUGCGCUCAGAGGACGGCUAUGUGAUGCUUUUCCUGGAGAAAGUGAAAAGAGAUGCUGUGUACACAAUCAAUGUGAGAACGAAAGCAGAUGAACCAUACAAUGGGUACUGGAGUGUUUGGGCCAUGACCACUUUUCAGACAUCCAAUGGAUUUGAUGAGAUUCACAUGCUGAUGUUCGGUUUUGCCGGCUUUGUGGUAAAUGAAACCAUUGAAGAAGUUGUGUAUGAUACCUGCAUGCCGCACACUUCAUCACUGACUCAUGUCUGUCCUUGUAGGUUCCUCAAGAGAAAGAUGUGGCCAGAUAUCCCAACUCCUGAACACCACUUCAAGGAACUCUACACCACCCAUAAAGGAAAUUUCAAGACAUGGCUAGGCCAGACAGACUCAUACCUUACCUGGAUCUCAAGAAAUAUCUUUCAUGAAGGUCCCAUUACAACGUUGGAAGUAUUAUCAGAGCUUCCCAAUGUUCCUCCAUCUAUCUUGCCUCCUGUACCACUACCACCAAAAGACAGCUAUGUUGCUCUGGAUGAGAAUAUUCUACCUCCUUUACUUGCAUGGAUGGUAUCUACAAGACAAGACAAUGUACAGAGAGCUCAGUUCAGCCCAGCAGAUGAGAAGACCAUGAGGACAGAGGGAAGACCAAGGGAUCCAGAGGACAUCAGGCAGCCGACUGCUGUAGAAGAGCCAGCCACAGCCGGCACUGAGAUAAUGAAACUUAAAGGUCCACCUAGCUCUAGGGCCAUUUUCAGAGAGGACUCCCUAAAUUCAGAGGAGGGGACACCGAGUCCCGCUUCCAGUUUUGAGUAUACAGUUUUAGAGACGUGUGAUGGGCUCUUAUCCCCCAGGACUCGCUCCAUUCCCCCUCGCCAGCCUCUGAAGUAUGCCUACCUUCUGAUGUCUGAAUCUGGGGAGGAAAGUCCUCCUCCCUCACCCAAUAUUUACCAAAACAGCCUCUGUGGUCAAUUUCCGGCCCCUGUUUACUCCCAGUGCUAGUAACUGGUCCUCAUGAUGGAAGAUAUGGACUCAUCUGAUAUAUAUACAUGUGGACCAGAAAAAGCUUUCCUCAUCUAAGAAGGAUGGAA